UUAAAAUCAACAAAAGAGGGGAGGGUUCACUGUGCUGUAAGUGGCGACGGAGAGGAUGAAAGAAAGGAUUCCCUGUGCACACCACACGGUGGCGUCGCCGCAACCUACUGAUGACCCGACGAUGGGUUUCUUUGACACAGUGGUUUCACGUGUUGGUGGCAACGGGUUCUGGUUUGAGGGUUUGACGGUGGUGAGUGGCGGAGUUGUGACGUGUGCGAAGGGGAACAAGAAAAGGGGAAGAAAGCAUGCGUCGUCGCCGCCAGGGGCCGUUUCCGACGGUGUCACACGGUUCAACACAGCGACGAAGGUUUCACAUGCUAAUGAUCUUGUGAUGAUUCCUUCCUUGUGUUCGUGGGAGCAGAUGGUCAAGUGGAUUGUUUUAAGGAACCUCGUGCUGGAGGACGCCGGGACACAAUGCUCUGAUAGGAUGUGACAUUGGAGUAUGGGUUUCUAUUUUAAUUGCAUGAUGUUCCGAACAUGUUAUUUUACU